AUGAUUGAUUCAUCAUUGGAUAACUUUAUAACAACACAUUGGUUGAAUCAACGUGUUGAUAUAGUUGUAGCUGUAACAUCAACGAAGGAUCAAUCAUCAUUGACUACAUCAACAUCAUCAUCAACUACAACUACAACUACAUCAAAGAAACCUACACUUGCACAGACUGCAUCGGCAUCACUCAUACUUGACACUGAGUUGGCACCAUUCUUUGCCGAACGAUUGAGCAAGGAGAGCAACAUGUCUGACGCAUUCUAUCACAUUGAAACACCACUCGACCUACUCCUCUCUCAACAGUUUAUCAAUGAUUACAUCAAGCCAGGUGGCUUCACUGCAUUGACUCAAUACAAUCGAUUGGAUGAUGGAAAUGUCGUGGCAUUCAUACCAAAUGGAAAGGUGCUGCUCAAUGUGGACAAGGACACGUAUCAACAGCUGGGACUGACGGGCCAGCAUUCACACUUUUCAAAGACAAAGCCACAGCGAUAUGUGAUCACACUGGAUUGUCGUUCGAAAGAAAUGAUGCCCGACUCAUCACUGUAUAAACGCGUGAUCUGGUGUCUCAAGGACAGAGUGUCAAGUAUCAGUAUGAUCGUCUCGAGUAUCGAUCCAAGCACAGGACACCCGCGCCCCAUCAAGUUCCCCGCGGGCGUCAAUGUGAAGCGAGUGGUCAACAUCAAGAAGCGAUCAUACGAGACAUAUAGAGUGCCGGUGGUCCCCGCAUUGAAUGGCGUGGACAAGGCCGAGCGAAUAGAGUUCAUGGAGUGCUGGAAUGAAGCACUUGGACUCGUGCUGUGUGGCUUGAACGAAGACAAGGUCGUGUUGAAUCUCAAUGCGGCCCUGACGCCAGAGUCGAGCAGACUGACCGAUUGCUUUGUGGCCAGCACCGAAGGUAUGGUGACACCGCAGUCGGUACUGUCACUGAUACGUACGGUGCGUCGUAUAAUGACCAACAAGAAGGUGGCAAUAGAUUGGGUCAGCAUUCAGGUGACAGGAUUCCAAGACACACCAGUCACAUGGGCUAAUAAUGAGCAUGGCUAUCACAUCAAUGGCGACAACAACUACUCCAUCAUUCUGCAUCCAAACAACGAGUAUUGGACACUGGCGACACUUGGACAUCAAGACACAUUCAGUUGA